AAUUAGACAUGCGGUAUCUGCGCUCUUUAUUCAUUCCGUCAUGCGUUCGCUUGUUGGUCUUAUCGCUGUAAUAUUGACGGCUACUUUUUACCUUUAUUUACUGUCGUCCUAUCUCCCUCCUGGACCUCAGCUGCCUAAGAAAAACCAUGAAGGAGAGACGAGAAAAUCUAAUGAUGAUGAAGACAAGCCAAGUGAAAAGGAGACUGCAGCCUCCAGGCUGAAGUUCCCAUCAGACCUGGAUGAGCUGAAAGAGAUGGCAGAGCUGUUGCAGUUUUACAAGACGGAGCACACAGGAUAUGUGCUGUUACUCUUCUGCAGUGCUUACCUCUACAAGCAGGCUUUUGCCAUACCUGGUUCCUCUUUCUUAAACAUCUUGGCUGGGGCCUUGUUUGGGACAUGGUUUGGUCUUCUCCUCGCCUGUGUCCUCACCACAGUGGGCGCCACUCUCUGUUUCCUCCUGUCGCAGGCGUUUGGCAAGCAGCACAUUGUGAGACUCUUCCCUGACAAGGUGGCCACGCUGCAAAAGAAGGUUGAGGAAAACAGAAGCAGCUUGUUCUUUUUUCUGCUGUUCCUGAGAUUCUUUCCCAUGAGUCCAAACUGGUUCUUAAACAUGACCUCCCCAAUACUGAAUAUUCCUGUCACACUUUUCUUCAUGGCUGUCUUCAUUGGCCUGAUGCCGUACAACUUCAUCUGCGUCCAGACGGGAUCAAUGCUGUCUCAUAUUUCCUCUCUGGAUGACUUGUUCUCCUGGAGUGUGGUGUUGAAACUACUGCUAAUUGCCUGUGUUGCUCUGCUGCCUGGAGCUCUGAUCCGUAAAUACAGCACUCGGCAUCUCCAUCUGGACGGACUUGAAACAAACGGACUCGGUCAAGAUAAGAAGAACAGAUAAGGGACAGUGUGGGGUCAGUGAUUUGAUCCCCCCUGGCUGCUUUGUGGGUGGCUACUAUUUGUAUUUAAAGUGGCUUUUAAGAGCUCUAAAGUCUUUUUUGUGGCCUCUCAUUUUUAAAAAUAGAAAUGUCAUUUUUACAUAUCGUUUACUUGGAAGUCUGCUAUGUCUUCACUGGCAUGGGUUGUGACGUAAGUGAGAAAAGGACUUUUUUUCUGCCUUUUUGGGAAGUUCCGUAUUUAUAUAUAAUGGUGGUCUUGAAUUCUGAAUCCUGCCUUUGUGUACAAAUCACAUGAAUAUGAAACUCUAUUCACUUAUCAGUUUUCACUCAAUAUACAUACUGUACGUUUAUUUCAGUGCACAGGCAUUUGUGAAAUUUGCAGCAAAGAAUAGACAUUUGAGGUAUUAAAUAUCAUUCUUUUGUAAUUACAGACUGUAAUAACAUGAAUAUUUUGGAUUUUGGUUUUUGAUCAUUGUCUUUUGAAGUUUCACAUUAGCCUUAAAAGUGACCUACCUCACUGCAGUGAAAUAUUUAAUGUUCGACUUUCUUGGAGUACUUGUAAAUAUUAAAUGGAACAUCAAGCUGUAAAUAUUCACUAUGGGUUUUAUUUAAGGGAAGGGAGGCAGACAUACAGUAUGUUAAAUCCUGCCUGGUCACUGAAAGCCCAUCCAACUUCACGGUGUUGAAAUGGUGAAUUAAAACAAAUUGUUUUCUAUGUAUCAGUGCCAUCAGCAAUGCUGGGAGCAGAAUGCAGUAUUUUUAUUCACUGAACACAAACAUCAUGUGAGUUAAGCUGUUUAUGUUUUAAUAAAUCAUAUGUUAAUAAACUUAUUCAAUUAA